UGUGUGGUCACUGCUCCCCAAACAUUUCCCUGCCGAUUUUCUGUCUGCUCGGGUCAGCUGGAGGGACUGGCCUGCUGUCUCUGUCUCAGGAGGCCAUGGAGCUAUAGAUAAAAGCACUGGGAGAGCGUCUGGCAGCUCAGUGGCUGGACCCUGGAUGCGCUGACAUUCUCCAAGGACAAUGAACCCCACACUGGGCCUGGGCCUGCUGAUGGCUGGCCUCCUGACUGGGGAAGGCCUGGUGCAGGCUGGCUUUUCUCCGAAGGUUCUGGGUGCGUGGAAAGGAAGGGCGGCCACCCAGGAGUUGUCCAGGCGCAACACAGACUUCGGCUUCAAGCUUUUUAAGAAGCUGACCUCCCGCAACCCGACCAACAACAUCUUCAUCUCCCCGCUCAGCAUCUCCACGGCCUUCUCCAUGCUGUGCCUGGGGGCGCAGGACUCGACGCUGGCCGAGAUCAAGGAGGGCUUCAACCUCCAAAACCUGCCCGAUCGGACCCUGCAUGAGGGCUUCCGAGACCUCAUCCGCAGGCUCGAUCAGACCCACCACAGCCACAAUCUGGACCUGGAGAAUGCUUUGUUCAUAGACCGGAAGCUGCAGCCCCAGCAGAAGUUUCUGGAUAAUGCCAAGAACCUGUACAGUGCCGAGACCAUUACCACCAACUUCCAGGACCUAAAAGCGGCCCGCAGGGAGAUCAAUGACUUUGUCCGUCAGAAAACGCGGGGCAAUAUCAACGAGCUCAUCCGCCACAUCAUGCCCGGCACCCUGAUGCUCUUGACUAACUGCCUCUUCUUUCGAGGCAGGUGGCAACAGGAAUUCGAUCCCAAAGCCACAAAGGAGGAGGAUUUUCUCCUGGAUGGGGACCAGACGGUGACGGUGUCCAUGAUGCACCACGGCGGCAUGUAUGAGGCGGGCCGUGACGACCAGCUGCCCUGCUCCAUCCUGGAGAUGCCCUUCCAGGACAACAUCUCGGCCAUCUUCAUCCUGCCUGACGAGGGCAAGAUGAAGGAGGUGGAGGAGGCCCUGAGCGCCAACACCUUUGACCGGUGGAGAAGCCUCCUGAGCCGCAGGGUCACAAACGUGGCUUUGCCCCGGUUCUCCAUCUCUGGCACCUAUGACCUAAAGAAGACCCUCUCCUAUCUGGGAAUCCGCAAAAUCUUUGAGGAGCAUGGUGACCUCACCAGGAUCUCUCCUCAUCAGAACCUGAAAAUUGGUGAGGCGGUGCACAAGGCAAAGCUGAAGAUGGACGAGCAGGGUGCAGAGGCAGCCGCGAGCUCCGGGGCACAGACGCUGCCCAUGGAGAAGCCCUUCAGCAUGAAGAUGAACAGACCGUUCCUGCUGGCCAUCAAGGAGAAGACCGUGCCUGCCGUGCUUUUCCUCGGCAAGCUUACUAACCCUUCUGGGAAAUAAGGGAGAACAGCCAACCCCACUGGGGGGAGGCUGGAACCUUCCGUCUCCCGGGGUUGAGAGCACGGGGAAUUCCUUACUGAACCCACCUCCAUAGGAGCUCUCCACUUCCUCCCCUUCACCCCUAAACUUCAGAUUUUGGAUCAGACACCCAUACUCCCAUCUAUCUUCUGACUGGUGAUCGC